AUGCUAUCCUUCAAUGAUAUCGUUGAGUGUACCAAAAACACCUUAAAAACUAUGCCCCCUGGUUAUUUACCAAAAUGGCUAUUAUUUAUUUCCAUUGUUUCUGUCUUUAACUCUGUUCAAACUUACAUUUCUGGUUUAGAAUUGACCCGUAGAGUUUAUUCCAGACAACCAACUGAGACAACCAAGUUGAGUGCCAGAACUUUCGGUACUUGGACAUUUAUUUCUUGUGUUAUUAGAUUUUACGGUGCUUUCUUUUUAACUGAGCCUCAUAUUUUCCAAAUUGUCAUGAUCUCUUAUGUUGUUGCCCUAGUCCACUUUGGUUCUGAGUUAUUGAUCUACAGAACUUGUAACUUUGACUCAGGUUUUAUGGGUCCUUUAAUUGUUUCCACAACUUCUUUGGUUUGGAUGUACAAUCAAAAAGAAUUCUAUACCGGUAUUCCAUGGUAA